UACUUGUCUUAAGACAGUCAGAAAAGAAUACAUAAAGCAAGGACUAUGUUGGUCAUCAGCACAAAGACACACCACCCCAGCUGCCUUCAUUUGUAAUCUUAACAACUCAAACUACCACUUUUCUUCUACUCAUCAUCUAGCUUCCUACAUUUUUCAGGUGAACAGGAGCUAGUGAAUUACGAAACCUCUAAAUCUUUUUUCUCUUUUAAUGGUAACCUGAAAUGGAAGACACAAGACAUAGCAUACAUGAAAGCUAUGCUAAGCUCAUGGAGGGAUCUUGGUGGUCUCAGUUUCGACAGGGUUCCAACCCUUGGAUGGCUAGAUAUGUCUACAGCUUCAUGUUUCUUGCUUCUAAUUUACUUGCUUGGGCUGUUCGUGAUUAUGGAAGAAGCGCCUUGACAGAAAUGAAGAGAAUAAAAGGAUGCGAAGGUGGCAAAGACUGUUUAGGCGCGGAGGGAGUUCUUAGAGUGUCCUUGGGAUGCUUCAUAUUCUAUUUCACAAUGUUUCUUUCAACUGCUGGCACCUCAAAGUUGCAUGAAGCUAGGGAAUCAUGGCAUUCUGGGUGGUGGUCAGCUAAGAUUUUAAUGAUGAUUUCUUUUAUGGUGCUUCCAUUUUUUGUUCCUUCAGCUGCUGUCCGGAUUUAUGGAGAUAUAGCGCAUUUUGGUGCAGGGGUGUUUCUCCUAAUACAGUUGGUGAGCAUUGUCAGUUUCAUCACUUGGCUAAAUGAUUGUGUGCACUCGGACCAAAAUGAAAACAGAUGCCACAUUUACGGGAUGUUACUUGCUACUAGUGCUUAUGUUGUUUGCAUACUCGGGGUCAUAUUAAUGUUCAUAUGGUAUGCACCACAACCGUCUUGUCUCCUUAACAUUUUCUUCAUCACCUGGACGCUGGUACUCCUCCAACUCAUGACGAGUGUAUCUCUCCACCCAAAAGUUAAUGCUGGUUUUUUGACUCCUGGAUUUAUGGGGCUAUAUCUGGUGUUCCUCUGCUGGUCUGCAGUUAGAAGUGAACCACCAGAGACGAAAUGCAUAAAGAAAUCUGAAGCUGCAACUAACGGAGACUGGCUAUCCAUCAUUACCUUUGUUGUUGCAGUAGUUGCUAUGGUUAUUGCAACAUUUUCAACAGGCAUCGAUUCAAAAUGUUUUCAGUUCAAGAAAGAAGAGACGGAGGAUGAAGACGAGGUUCCAUAUGGCUAUGGUUUCUUUCAUCUCGUGUUUGCCACGGGUGCCAUGUACUUUGCAAUGCUACUAAUUAGUUGGAACACUCAUCAUGUCGCUGCCAGGUGGACUAUUGAUGUCGGUUGGACUAGCACUUGGGUUAGAAUAGUGAAUGAAUGGCUAGCGGUCUGCGUUUACAUUUGGAUGCUUGUAGCUCCGAUUAUAUGGAAACACAGACAGGGGCAAGCGUCAGCAUGAAGGAUUUGAGAUAUUUUCUUAAGAACUCCAAAUGCCUCCAGCAUUUCUUCUUGUACAUGGGGGAACAGGGGAUCGCGAUCACCAUACAACAACCUUGAAGCUGAAAAGAUUGUAGUUUCUGACGAAAACAAUACAAUGUCGUUCUUCCCUUGUAGUAAUUUAUAAGUGAAAAGUAUUGCACUACCCAAAUUCUGUCUGUCAGUUUAUAUUGUAUAGAAACAUGCAGUGGACUUGAUAUCUGAUGCAACUUCUUGGUAUCCUUGAAAAUGUUCUCUACACUGAGCAGAUAUUUAUCUGGUA